AUGGAUGAAGGUAAACAGCCACCUACCCCUCGCUACAACUAUAUAGUUUUGUUCUUGUUUUCAGGCGAUGAUUAUGUACCACAAAUGUCCCAAAUGGCCGACUACACUCAGAUGGCUCAGAUGGGCGGACCGGCACCACCACAGCAGCGGUAUCCGCCGCCCGGGAUGCCGAUGAAUCCAUAUGAGCAACAGCAGCACCAUCAGAUGAUGAUGAUGCAACAACAACAGCACAUGCAGCACAUGGCCAGUCAACAACAACAACAAGCGGCCGCCGCGCAACCUGCACCGGCCAAAAAACCGCGCGGAAAGUCGAAGAAAGCACAAGCGGCCGAAGCUGCGGCUGCAGCGGCCGCGGCUGCCAAUCAGAUGGAUCCGAUGGCGUCAAUGGCUGCGAUGUCGAACAAUCCGAUGAUGCGAGGCAACGCCUAUCCAGUAUGUUUUCCUUUAUGCUAAGGCAAAUCGUUUCUAAUCUAGCUAGCUAAUUCGCGUUUCUAACCGAACCUAGUUAGAUUGCUAAUUUACUGCGAUUAGAUUGCAAAUUCUUCUGCAAAUUCACUGAUAAAUUUUUUAAUUAGAGUGACAAAGCAAAAUUUUUCUAAAUAGAUUCAAAAUUUUUUCGGUCAAAUCUAGCUAGUAUUCCAUUUUCAUCUAGCUAGAUUAGAAACUCGGUUUAGAUCACAAAAUCUCCUAACUAGAUUACAAACGAUUUGCCUGAGUGCAGGAAUAAACUGCCUAGAGUUUCAAUCAAGUAGAAGUAUUCUUCACCUGCCUUUACUUUGUUUUUAUCACCAACAAUCUUUUUUCUAGAACCAGAUUGCUAUGUACGGCGGAGCACACUAUCAAGGUGUUAACGGACCAGCACAACAGGGUUACCGGCCAGGACCCAUUGCUGGAGCACCACAACAGUAUCCGCAGAACUAUCAGCAAAUGUACCAUCCACAACAGCCGCCGCAGCAACAACAACGGGCGCCACCUCAGCAGCAGCAGCAACAAUCACAACCUGGUUAUCCGUACGGAUAUGGACAGACUCCUGCCGGAUACCCACCACAACCGCCACCGCAACAAACACAGUAUCCGCAGCAAGCGCCACCACAACAUAUGAGGCAUCAGUACGCGCCACAAGGCCAGCAACCGCCUCCCGGCUAUUGGGAAGGCUAUCCAGGGUACGGGAACAGUGUGCCAGUGCCUCAACAGACAGUUCCGGUGCCUCCACAGCUUCCGGUGACGUCACAGCCGAUGACGAUGCCGUCUCAACAGCAGAAUCAGUGGACGCCUCAACCACCACAACCGACGCCAGCCGACCUGAUGGUACGUAUGAGCAUAACUGAAAGCAUAAUUGGGGAAUGUUGUGUACAAUUAAGAUUUAAAGCUUUUUGCGUCUGAAGAAAAGGUAUGCUCAAUUUACCGCUCUUGCCAAUCGGUGUUUGCAGGCUCAAGCCUAAUGUCAGGAAAUUUUGGCUUGAGUCUGCAAACACCGAGGGGGCAAUUGCGAUGAAUUGAGUGUAGUAAAUCGAAAAGCAGCGAUGACGUUAUGCUACUUUACCCACAAAAAGACCCUUGAGAUUUGGUCUUAUUUAUAGUUAUCAUUAGAGCAUGUAAUGUUCGUUGAUCAGUAGAAACUACAUCAGAAAGAUGUUCACUCUUAUUUUACAAAAUACUUUUCAGAAUGUGAUUGCCCAACUGGAAAAAUCAGCGGCCGAAAUCAAAGGACGGAUGCAGCAGAUCUAUAAUCUGCCUCGGAACACCGCCGCAGACGCAGAAAUUCAACAGCUACAGCACAAGCUCGGCGCCAUCCAGAACGACAUCUAUCGAUACGGCCAACAACUACAGCAGUUGCAGCAGUACCCUCCGAUGCCGGGACAGCACCAUCCUGGAUCAGUUCCUCCACCCACAUCGCAGACCGCUUCAAUGCCUCCGAGUCAGCACAUUACACCGAACCCAACGCCAGUUCAUGUGAAUCAGAGCGGAAGUCAGGUUCAGUUGAAUAUCACCGCCGACAAGUCACGGACUUUGAUCUCUGUCUAUCACGAGGGGUACGGAGGUUCGGGCGCAAGUUCCACGGAGAGCAAGGAGUCGAUUGUGCCUCCGGAGCCGACGCCUUCGAUGCAACAACAGCCGCCGGAGCCGCCUGUACCACAACAACAACAGCAAACGCCUCAACAAGUCCCACAGGUGAAGAGGGAGCCCGAGAAGGUAGCCGCAUAUCAACAACAGACUCCACAACAGCAAUCGUACAACGGAAUGGAGAAUGGAUCGUCCGCGAAUCCGUAUGCGCAGCAGCAAAUGUACGGACAGCAGUAUCCGCAUCCGAAUGUGAGUGCAACGAGACAUUAACUCAGAUUUUUGCAACCUAAUUAGUGGUUUCAGAUGGCCGGCUAUCCGCAACAACAUCAGGCAAUGCACCAGCAACUACAAGCGCCGGCUGGCUACGGGAGAGCUCCGAGCGCUCCGCAAGAUAUGCAGCAAAUUCAACCGCCGUCUGUUGAAUCGUCUCAACAUCAGCAAUUUCCUGGAUAUCCUCCAGAAUUCGCUGUUUCGUCAACCUUCACAUCCCAGAGUUCUGAUUCUAAUCAGAAUUCAGGCGGGGCUCAGCAGCUUCCAAUUACUGAGGCUGAGCCGAUAAAGCACGGGAUCGCCGAGCCAGCAGAGUCCGAGGUAUCCUCGUCAACUGUUGAGCCCGUUCAGCAACAUCAACAAUCCAUUGCCGAUGUUGUCGAAUCAAUGCCACACGCGGCUGAGCUCAUUCAGGUGCCGUCACUUAAUCCAGCAGAGCCCAUAGAUGAGCAAAAGCCGGAAGAGCAGGACAUUGAGCCGGAGCCGAUUAAAAUUGAGCAAAAGCCCGUUGACGAUUGGAAAGAAGACGUCGGCGAAGAGCAAGAGCAGCAGAUUAGCGAUGAGUCGGAGCCGCACAACAACGGACAUAUUGUGGAUUCGACCACUUCCGCAGUCAUUCUCGAUAACAACCAGCUUGAAGUGGCUCAGGAGGAAGAAGUGGAAAGUGAAGGUGACACGACGAUGGUGAAGGCUGAGGAAGAAGAGGAGGAGGAAGAGGCGCCGGUGAUGUUGGAGGAUAUCAACAAUCUGGCUGGAGAAGAGGUCUUCGGAGAAGAAGGGGCUGACGAGGACGACAUUCUCAAGAAGCAGGAGUAUCCGGAGGAAAAGGACGAUGAGGAGUACGUGCAACCGGAAGGAAGUGUAGAACCAGAAGAAGAAGAAGAAGAGCGGGAGCAGAAAGAGGAGCAGGAAGAGGACGAUGAUCAGUCUUCCAUAACCACCAAGGAUGACUUCAAGGAUAUGAGUGAGGCGCCCAGUGAGACUAAUGACGGGUUCACUGAACCUUCGACUCCUGCAACUCCGAUGAUGGUGACGCCGUCAAGCAAAAAGAAGACGUACCGACGACCGGCUGUGGUGGUGUCAAAGUCGAAAAAGAAGAAGAGUGUGGAUGAUUCGGACGACGACGACUUCUACCCUGCACGUGGAAAAGGCAGAAAGAAGGGCGGAGGCGGCGGAAAGAAGAAGAACGACCUGGUUAUAGUCGGAGAAGAAUCACAGGACGGACAGAAGAGUGGAGAGUCGGACGACGAUGAGUUCUUGAUCAAGGUCGAAGCUCCUGCUGUCGAUCCCAAUGCUUUGGUCGUUGAGAAGAUUCUCAAUCUUCGCGUGCACAAGGAAGAAGUGGAAGAGGGCGCUGAGCCGAAGGAAGAGGUAGAGCAGUUCCUGAUAAAAUGGAAAGGCAGGUCUUAUGUGCAUUGCGAGUGGAAGUCUGCCGCUGAACUGCUCGAGAUUGAUAAGAGAGUGGAUGGAAAGAUCAAGCGGUUCCGAGCAAAGAAGAGCGUUUCCUACAUCGAUGACGACGAGGACUUCAACAGCGAUUACGUUAUUGUGGAUCGAGUUGUCGACCUCAUCACGGAAGAGGACGGACAAGAGUUCGUACUUAUCAAAUGGAAGAGUCUGGGAUACGAAGAGGUCACGUGGGAACCCGUCGAAAAUGUUCCCGCAGAAAAAGUCCAUGUGUGGAGGAGACGGCAAGUCAUCGAUCCAGCCAAAGUGAAGGAAAAGGCACGACCCGAACCUGAAGAGUGGAAGAAGCUGAGUCAGUCGAAAGUGUGGAAGAACGGGAACUCGCUCAGAGAGUAUCAGUUCGAAGGCGUCGAUUGGCUUCUCUACUGUUACUACAACGCGUGAGUAAACCUUUUCAAUUUAACAAUGGAACUUCGUAUUGAACUCUAGGAAUUACUUGUUUAUGAGCUCUUUCUUUUCAGGCAAAACUGCAUCCUCGCCGACGAAAUGGGUCUUGGAAAGACAGUCCAAACUAUCACUUUUUUGUCGCAAGUGUACGAUUUUGGUGUGCGCGGCCCGUUCCUCAUCGUCGUUCCUCUUUCGACUAUCCACAAUUGGGUCAGAGAGUUCGAAACGUGGACGGAUAUGAAUGCCGUCGUUUACCACGGGAGUGCAUACGCCAGAGAAGUCCUUCAGCAAUACGAGGUCUUCUAUGAUAAACGGCAUUCUGGAUCCAAAAACUGGCGGAAGAACUUUGUAAAGUUGGACGCGUUGAUCACCACAUUCGAGACUGUCGUUUCGGAUGUCGAGUUCCUCAAAAAGAUUCCGUGGAGAGUGUGCGUUAUUGAUGAAGCUCACAGACUCAAAAACCGGAACUGCAAGCUUCUGGUCAACGGAUUGCUCGCAUUCCGAAUGGAGCACCGUGUUCUGCUCACCGGAACUCCUCUCCAGAAUAAUAUCGAGGAACUCUUCUCCCUGCUCAACUUUCUUCAUCCACUACAGUUCAACAACUCCGCCACAUUCUUGGAGCAAUUUGGAUCUUGCCAAACCGACGAUCAAGUGCAGAAACUUCAGGAGAUUCUCCGGCCGAUGAUGCUUCGCCGGUUGAAAGAAGACGUGGAGAAGUCGUUGGGGCCGAAGGAGGAAACUAUCAUUGAAGUGCAGCUUUCGGAUAUGCAGAAGAAGUUCUAUCGUGCGAUUCUGGAGCGAAACUUCAGUCAUCUGUGCAAGGGAACGUCUGCUCCAUCACUGAUGAACGUGAUGAUGGAGCUCCGCAAGUGCUGCAACCAUCCCUUCCUCAUCAACGGAGCUGAAGAGACCAUUAUGAAUGACUUCCGAACGGCCCAUCCUGAUUGGGACGAUGAGACUCUGGCUCACAAGGCUCUAAUUCAAUCUUCUGGAAAAGUUGUACUCAUUGAGAAGUUGCUGCCGAAGCUGAGAAAAGAUGGACACAAAGUGCUCAUUUUCUCGCAGAUGGUGAAAGUGUUGGAUCUUCUGGAGGAAUUCCUGAUCAGUAUGGCCUAUCCGUUUGAAAGAAUUGAUGGAAAUGUACGAGGCGAUCUCCGACAAGCUUCAAUCGAUCGAUUCAGUAAAGAAAGUGAGUUUUCUAAACUUGGAAGCUUCAAAUAAAUUUUUUUUUUUUUCAGAUUCGGACCGCUUCGUCUUCCUGCUCUGUACUCGUGCCGGAGGUCUUGGAAUCAAUCUGACUGCCGCUGACACUGUCAUCAUCUUCGAUUCUGACUGGAAUCCUCAAAACGACCUCCAAGCGCAGGCCCGCUGUCAUCGUAUCGGACAGAAGAAAUUGGUGAAAGUGUACAGACUGAUCACUUCCAACACUUACGAGCGAGAGAUGUUUGACAAAGCCUCUCUGAAACUCGGACUCGACAAGGCAGUUCUUCAAUCCACGACAGCUCUUAAGGCAGAAGGUACUGCAUUGAGUAAGAAGGACGUGGAAGAACUUCUGAAGAAAGGAGCAUAUGGAUCCAUUAUGGACGAGGAGAACGAAUCGGCCAAGUUCAACGAGGAAGACAUCGAAACUAUUCUUCAGCGCAGAACUCAAACGAUCACGCUUGAAGCCGGACAGAAGGGAUCGCUUUUCGCCAAAGCUUCCUUCAAUUCCACGCACAAUAAGGGAGAUGAUAUCGACCUCGAUGAUCCGGAAUUCUGGAAUAAAUGGGCCGAGAAGGCGCAAGUGGAUGUGGAGAAAGCGACGGCGACUCCAGAUGGAAGAGAGCUGAUUCUGGAGGAGCCAAGAAAGCGAACGAAACGAUUCGAGGACAAUAAGAUUGAUGAGGAAGACUCGGAUGGAAGUGAGGAGAGCGGAAAGCGAAAGCGGAACGCGCAAGGAGCGUCCGCUCGGAAGAGGAGAAGAGAUGACGAGGACACGGACUACUCGGCUAGUUACCGGCCAGAUGAGUUGGCGACAAGCAAAACCGAAUACUUCAAAGUGGAAAAGGUGCUCGCUCAGUACGGAUGGGGACGAUGGGCUGAAAUCAAGAAGUACGGAGAACUGGAAAUUGCCGAGCAGGACAUCGAGCACAUGUCGCGAACCCUGCUACUUCAUUGCAUUCGAGAGUUCCGUGGUGACGAUCGCAUCCGACAGUUUGUAUUCAAUCUGAUCAAGCCCCAAGGAGGCAACGGAAGCAAGGAAGUGAAGAGCGGAUCGUCAGUGUACCACCAGGGAUGGGCUGCUCUUCCGGAGUUCAAUCCACCGAGCUUCGCAUUAGAUUCCGCCUUCCAGCGACACGUUCAUCGCCACGCCAACAAGUUGAUGGUGAAGAUUGAUAUGCUGAAACACCUGGAGACGCAUAUCAUCGGAGACGAAAGGGCCAUCGUGGAAGAUCCGACAGUCAAGUGGACCGAUAUCAAACUGAUGGAGAUGCCAAGCGUUUCGGAAACGUUCAUCGAAGGAUGGGAUGCUGAUUGUGACAAGUGCUUCCUCAUCGGAUGCUGGCGACAUGGACUCGAUAAUUACGAAGUGAUGCGAGCUGACGAGACGUUGUGUUUCACUAAGAAGACGUUCCCGAACUGGCCGCCACCGUCCGAUUUCUGGCUCAGGUUCCGAAGACUAUUGAUGGUCAGCCAGCGAAGUGUGCACGAUCCUGUCUACGAAAAGCUGAAGUGGACGAAACGAGAAGAGCAGGAGUUUAUGCGUGUGCUCCGAUCGUUCGGAAUCAAGGAAUCGAAACCAGGUCCCGGAGUGGAUUGGGCUCCGUUCAGAGCAUUCUCGCCGAUUCUCGAAAAGAAGUCUGACGAGGAGUGUCAUGAGCAACUGAUGUGCGUGCUAGCCAUGUGCAACAGAGCUCAAGGAUCGAAUGACUUGAAACCAAUCGACCUGAAAAGAGCAAUGUCUGUGGAUCCGAUGAGCUCGAGGAGAGCCGUGAAAGUGCUUAAUCGUCUUCAUCUGAUGCGGAAGGUUCACACUCUUGCCGAUCAUCUGGAAGUGGCCGAUCUUUCUAUGUGUGAGACGACUGGAAUGCCAAGCGGAUGGAGCACUCAACACGACAAAGAGCUGAUCGAGAUUUGCGAUCAGUGCGGACUUGAUCAGCUUGCUGCCAAUGUUCUUAACAAGCCUGCCUUCACCAAGAUUGUUCGGCCAUCAGAGACCACUCUGGUUCGACGUAUAAUUGAGAUUGUGUCAACGAUCGAGUCUGGCAAGUGGUGUGGCGUUGGCGAUGUCGAAUCGGUGAACGACAGUGAUUCCGAAGAGAAAAAGGAGAUUGCGAAUAUGGCAGCCGCGCAGCAGCAGUUCCUUCGUCUUCAACAACAGCAUCAAGCUGCUGCCGCAGCAACAGCCGCAGCAAGCCGGAAAGGAGGCCGAAAACGACCGAACAACGACCAGGAUGCAGCCAGAUCAAGAGCAGUGCAACAAGCUCUUCUGGGCGGAGCUGGACACGCCGAAUACGCCAGUCUGAUGGCUUUAAUGAUGCUCUCACCUCAGAUGCUGGGCACACAGAACAUGUCGGCUGCCCAACAACAACAAGUCUCUCAGCUACUCGCUCUGGUCCUCGCCAGUGCCGUUCAACAGAGCGCCGCUCCUGCAGCCUCGUCCAGCUCUUCGAAGAACAGCAGCAGCAAUCAACAACAGUCUGCCGCCGGAAUGCUCGCACAGGCCGCCGCAGCUUCGAACGACGCUGCGGCCGCUGCUCAACAACAAGCGGUUCUCGAGGCACUUCUCGCGAUGACAAUGAACCCGGCAGCUCUGGCUGCGCUCACCGGAACCGCUCAGCCAUCCACCUCGGCCACAUCGUCUUCCACUCCAACUCCUGCAAAGAAAAUGAGCAAACCGGCUCCGAAGGAAACUGCUUCUUCCACAGCCUCUGCUGCCGCCGCUGCUGCAGCAGCUUCUCAAGCUUCUCAAGCCGCUCAAGCGGUUGCUCUGGCACAGCAGAAGCAGCAAGAGCAACUGAUCGUUCAGUUGCUGAAUACGGCUGGAAUUGGAAUCCCGGAGUUGAACAAGUUGAAUACAAUGUCGAAGGAUGUGAAGAUUCCGAUGGUGCACAAGACGACGAAGGAGGCUCUGCCAGAGUCCAAGCGUCCGCAGAUUCGAGAUUUGACGGUGUUCGUGAUGUCCAAUCAGGAAUGGAAGCUUGAUUUGCCUGCGUUCACUGAAAUGACCAAGGCUGUUCCUUCUAGUGCUCGUCCGUCUGCACCAGCAACUCCGGCUCCGACUGCAACUCCGAAACCUGCAACUCCAAAAGUUGAGCCAAAGCCGUCUACGUCUACUGCGGCGUCUGCCACGUGUAACAUCAAAGUUGGUGGAAGUCUGGCGCUCGACGACAUGGUUUCGGUGUUUAAUCGAAACACUGGAGAGCUAUUGGCCGCAUCCAAGUGGCCUAAGGCUAAGGAUCUUGCCACGUGGCUGGAAGCAAAUCCGGAGUAUAACGUGCACUCGAACAGUGCUCUGAUUGCAACUCUAUCAUUGGGAUCAGUCCACAAUGACCGAAUCGGAGGGGAUUCUUUCUCUACGCCUGUUGCCACGUCAAUUCCAUCGACGGCCCAUACUCCCGCUCCUCCAUUGACGCCUUCAACUCCGUCGGCUGCGUCAACGGCAGCAGCGAAUGCAGCGGCCACAGCCGCGGCUAAUGCGCAAUUGGUAGCUUUGGCUGCCGCGAGUGCAGCUGCUCAGCAACAAGCACAAACGAAUGCCACGCCGACAAGCACGAGCAAGUCUCGAAAUGGUAAGAAACCCAAAAAUUGAGCAGAUCACUCAUUACUAUUGGUUAUUCAGCAGCCGCCGCCGCGCAAGCUCAAGCACAAGCUCAGGCCAACCAGGAGGCGAAACAGCAGAUGGAACUUCUUCAGAUGCAAAUGUUCCUUCAGCAGUAUCAGCAGACGGCUGCUCUUCAAGCGAUGAUGUACGGAGGAUAUGGAAUGCCGACCACAUCGGCCGCCUCGUCAACUGCCAACGUCGCCUCGAUGGCUGCGAUGGCCGCUGCUCAAGCUGCAGUGGUUAACAGUACUCCAACCACUACAAAGGUACUCCGAUUCCGAUUAAAAUAAGACAUCAUCUAACUUCUCUUAACUUCAGGCCGCCACGUCUUCCACACCUUCCACGUCAUCAGCUGCCGCUGCCAGCGCGGCAGCUUCUUCCUCAGCCAACUCUGCCGAAGACAUAAAUCCUCUGCUGCUUUCGGCACUAAUGCAAAACCCGGCGAUUCUUCAAUCGAUGAUGCUUUCCGAUCCGAGUGUGCUGGUAGCUCUAUCCGCUCAAGCUCACCAACAGCAGCAGCCGGCCGCCAAAAAGUCCAAACACCCGUAA